AUGCCUCUCAUCCUGCCACUGCAUGCCUCUCAUCCUGCCCCUGGCAUGCCCUCUCAUCCACCCUGGCAUGCCUCUCAUCUACCCUCGCAUGCCCCUCAUCCUGCCCUGGCAGCUCUCAUCUACCCCUGGCAUGCCUCCACCUGCCCUGGCAUGCCCUCACUACCCUCGCAUGCCUCUCAUCCUGCCCUGCAUGCCUCUCAUCUACCCUGGCAUUUCCUCAUUCACCCCAAGCAUGCCUCUCAUCCUGCCCCUGCAUGCCUCAUCUACCCCUGGCAUGCCUCCUCAUCCUGCCCUGGCAUGCCUCCUCAUCUACCCCUCAUGCCUCAUCCUGCCCUGCAUACUCUUCUCGCAUGCCUCUCAUCUACCCUGGCAUGCCCCAUCCUGCCCUGGCAUGCCUCCUCAUCCUGCCCCUGGCAUGCUCCUCAUCACCCCGCAUGCCUCUAUCCACCCCUGCAUGCCCUCAUCUACCCUGGCAUGCCUCCAUCCACCCUCAUGCCUCUCAUCCUGCCCUGCAUGCCUCUCAUCUACCCCCGCAUGCCUCAUCCACCCUGGCAUGCCCCAUCUCCCUCGCAUGCCUCAUCCUGCCCUCGCAUGCCUCUCAUCCACCCGGCAUGCCCCCAUCUAACCUCGCAUGCCUCCUCAUCUAUCCUGCAUGCCUCUCUCUACCCCUGCUCCUGGCAUGCCUCUCAUCUACCCUAG